UCUUCCUUCAUCAAAUAAGCUCCUGUGGCCCAUUUGAUUCCUAUCCUUUCAGAAAUCCAAAUUAAAACCAUUGUUUUCUAACCCUUUAGAGAGAGAAUAAGAUAGAGAGAGAGAGAGGGAGGGAGAAAGUGAAAAGCCUCAUAUUCGCACUUGACCAAGGAAUGUUUGGAGCUUUUGACGGAGCUAUAGGAAGAAGAACUUCAUCUCGCUCACUCAUUUCUUUCGUUCUUUCUAGCAGGUUAGCUUAUUCAUCAAUAACAGCGAUCUGGUUAUGUCAUCUUCUUCUUAGAUUGAGCAAGAAUGUCAUCGGGAGAGGCUUUCCGUAUACCUUCUUCCUCCAUCCUUCCAUUCUCCUACGAUCAAAACCCUAACCCUAAUCUGAUAACAACGGCGGCUGCUCCUCUCAAGAAGAAAAGAAAUCUCCCCGGAACACCAGAUCCUGAUGCGGAGGUGAUAGCUCUAUCACCAAAAACCCUAAUGGCAACAAACCGCUUCAUAUGCGAGAUCUGCAACAAAGGUUUCCAACGCGACCAAAACCUUCAACUCCACCGCCGUGGGCACAACUUACCGUGGAAACUCCGCCAACGUCCUCCGGGUGGGUCCCCGGUCCGAAAAAGAGUCUUCGUUUGCCCCGAACCCACUUGCGUCCACCACGACCCGGCCCGUGCCCUCGGUGAUCUUACCGGUAUCAAAAAACACUUCAGUCGUAAACAUGGAGAAAAAAAAUGGAAAUGUGAUCGUUGCGGUAAACGUUAUGCUGUUAACUCUGACUAUAAAGCUCAUUCGAAGACCUGCGGAUCACGAGAGUACCGUUGUGAUUGCGGAACAUUGUUCUCUCGUAAAGAUAGCUUCGUCACGCACCGCGCAUUUUGCGACGCGCUUAUGCAGGAACCACCAGUUCCCGCCGUUGAUUCGUUGAGCAACGGCUCUGAUGAGAAGGCCGAUUUGAAUCUUUGGAUAAACAGACCAGCGGCUGCUGCUGCAUCUAUGUCGGCCACAGCGCUGUUGCAGAAGGCCGCGGAGAUGGGGGUAAUGGCAUCGUCAUCGUCAUCGUCGUCAGCAUUUUUUAGUGGGUUAGUGAGGUCUAUGAAAGGUGGGGGUUUGGAGUAUGGGGGAGGGGGGAUGACUAGAGAUUUUUUAGGGUUAGGGGAAGAAGAAGAAGGCGCAGGCAGCCGUAGUAUUGAGGAGAUGAGGAGAUUUGCUUCCUUCAGUUCGGGAGGUGAUUAUAAGAGCACUAAUGCUACUUCAUCCUAUAAUGCUCGAGGGUGAUUGAGGGUCUAUUUGAGAUAGCUUAACCUAUUUGUAAAAUUUGCCGUAGAAUUGUACUGGAAAAUAAUAAUAAAUUUUUUUAA